AUGGCGUCGUCCAUGGCCGCGCCAGCGCCGUUGACCCUGGACAUCAUCGACAUGGCGGCUAUCAGCAGAAUGACCCCGCAGCAGUUAGAAGCUUUAGCUGAGGGUCUAGCAGCCGAGGAAAUCAUGAGGACAAAACGGUCAUCGGCGCAAGCGCUGACUGCCGUCGCUUCGAAAGCCUCGUCGGGCAUCCAGAGCAAGCUCGGUCUAUUGGGUCAGGCAUCCGCCGGGGCCGCGUCUUUCGUGGCUUCCGCCUCCAGCAAGUCGGGCCAUAACGACGAGCACGGCUACUCUUACGAGCCACACGAUGAAAAGGUAGACUACUGGGGAUUGAAGAAGUCCAUCCUCUACACGUUGUUCCAAGCUGUGAAAGCGAUAACUGGAGGAGUGACCAUCCUCAAAGGACAGCUGAUCAAGGGCGGAGGCGCGUUAGCAGCCAGCUUAGGAAAGGUGAUUUCGGGCAAGGGAGAUGUCGUCAGCAACCUGGGGAAGAAGAUCGUCAGUUCCGCAGCUUUAAGUCACAAGAAACCGACGGUCACCGCCGUGUACGGUCCGCCGCCCACCACGCACAUAGAGUACGGAGCACCCAGCGCUUACGGCGCCCCGACCGCGCCAGCGCACUACCACACCGCACCAGCAGCACCCACUGGCUUCGCGGCCCACAAAUAUCCCUCUCAGAUCGACGUUAUGACCGUCCCAAUCUACCACACCCCUCUCAGAUCGACGGUACUAGACGGUAGAAGUCUCCUUGACAAGUUUAUUCUUAUUUUGAACAUUUUUGGCCGUCACAAUCUGUCACCGGACCAGCUCACGGAAAUCCGUGAGCUGGUCCGUCGGCUAAAUCCGAGCCCGAUU